ACGGUCUCCCAUGGUGACUGACAUUGACAUAAUAUAUUCGCUGCUUGCUGCUGCUAGUCUAUAAACAAGCGGUUUUGAUGCUGCGAUAUCUGUAAAACACUAAAUAAAUAGCGUUUGAUGUAGACAUUCGGAGUGACGGAUUUGAGGGCAACAUUAAACGUGAAAGCAACCAAGAUUUUGCCUUCAGAUAUAUUCGACUGUCCGAAGUAAAACUGGCUGAAAUGGAUGAGCAGAGUGUUGAGAGUAUAGCGGAAGUCUUCCGCUGCUUCAUUUGCAUGGAAAAGCUGCGCGAUGCCCGUCUCUGCCCUCACUGUUCCAAACUGUGCUGUUUCAGCUGCAUCCGGCGAUGGCUGACUGAACAGAGAGCCCAGUGUCCCCACUGUCGAGCUCCACUUCAGCUGAGGGAACUGGUCAACUGUCGCUGGGCAGAGGAAGUGACUCAACAACUGGACACGCUGCAGCUCUGCAACCUCACAAAACAUGAGGAGAACGACAAAGACAAGUGUGAGAACCAUCAUGAGAAGUUGAGUGUGUUCUGCUGGACUUGUAAGAAGUGUAUCUGUCACCAGUGUGCUCUGUGGGGAGGCAUGCAUGGAGGUCAUACUUUCAAACCCCUGGCCGAGAUCUAUGAGCAGCAUGUGACAAAGGUGAACGAGGAGGUGGCCAAGCUGCGGCGCCGGCUAAUGGAGCUGAUUAGUCUGGUUCAAGAAGUGGAGAAGAAUGUUGAGGCGGUGCGAGGGGCGAAGGAUGAGAGGGUGAGGGAAAUCCGGAAUGCUGUGGAAAUGAUGAUUGCUCGGCUUGAUAAUCAGCUCAAGAACAAACUCAUCACACUUAUGGGACAGAAGACCUCUCUGACACAGGAGACAGAGCUGCUGGAGUCUCUGCUGCAGGAAGUGGAACAUCAGCUACGUUCGUGCAGUAAGAGCGAGCUGAUCUCUAAGAGUCCAGAGAUCCUGCUCAUGUUCCAGCAGGUUCACAGGAAACCAAUGCAGUCUUUUGUCACCACUCCUGUCCCGCCAGACUUCACCAGUGAGCUGGUCCCUGCCUAUGACUCGAGCACUUUUGUUUUGGCAAACUUCAGUACUCUGCGGCAGAGAGCCGACCCCGUCUACAGCCCCCCGCUCCAGAUAUCAGGCCUGUGCUGGAGGUUGAAGGUUUAUCCGGAUGGCAAUGGUGUUGUUCGAGGAAACUAUCUCUCUGUUUUUCUAGAGUUGUCUGCAGGACUCCCAGAGACAUCCAAGUAUGAAUACAGGGUCGAGAUGGUUCAUCAAGCCUCCAGUGAUCCCACCAAAAACAUAAUUCGAGAGUUCGCAUCGGACUUUGAGGUGGGCGAGUGCUGGGGGUAUAACAGAUUCUUCAGGUUGGACCUUCUCGCCAGUGAGGGCUACUUGAAUAUGCAGACUGACACUCUUGUGCUCAGGUAUCAGGUGCGAUCACCUACGUUCUUUCAGAAGUGUAGAGAUCAGUACUGGUACAUAACUCAGCUGGAGUCAGCCCAGUCCAGCUACAUUCAACAGAUCAACAACCUUAAAGAGAGGUUAGCUAUAGAACUGUUCCGUCGACAGAAGUCCAGGAGUUCCUCUCCACCUGAUCAGCGUCUCUGCCCUACGACUUCUUCCGGGAGAGACUCCCGUCAAGGAAAGAGCUCCGUACUAGAGGAAGGAAGUCAGGCAGCCUCAGCAGAGACUAAAGAAGAUGAGGAUGAAGAGAAGACCCAGCAUGAUGACUCUAACGAGUUGUCUGACGGGGAUCUGGAGGUGGACUGUCUAACUGGAGAUGAAGAUGUCAAUCCUUUGGAUGGUAGUAGCACCUCUGGGAGCUCCACAGCCACCAGUAACACAGAGGAGAAUGACAUUGAUGAAGAGACCAUGUCUGGUGAGAAUGAUGUGGAGUACAGUGGAAAUCUAGACCUGGAGGAAGGUGAAUUACCCGAUGAUGUUGCCGGGGCAACAGGAGGUUCUGGUGCAGGCUCCCGUGGUUCAAGACGUGGAGCAGGUGCAAGCUCAGCCAGCCUCCUGGAGAUCGACCCGGUCAUCCUCAUCCAACUACUGGACCUGAAGGACCGCAGCCAUGUAGAGUCACUGUGGGGGAUGCAGCCCCGUCCCCCAACCUCUCUCCUCCAGAGCCAAGCCGCUGCAGUGCCUUCUCGUAAAGAGCGUGAGCGUCGGCCUCAGGCAGUGCGUCGGUCUGCCCCGGAUUCAGGGGUCCUGAUCAGACUAAAGGCUCAGAUGGCAGAAGUGCGCAGUAAGAUGUCAGACGUAAAAGGACAGCUAGAGGCACGAAGCGGAGCCAGUCGCAUCUCCUCUCAGGGAGCCUCAAACCACGAGCUGGGCCCCUCCAUGGACUCAGAGUUGGGGCCCAGUCGCAAGCCCAGUGAACUGCUCUUCAAAGCGCCCAUCUCAUCACGACACUCCCGCAGUGGAGUGAAGAAGGCUGGUUCUCCUAAGCAGGAAUGUGUGGGAUCUCUGGGUGGACUGUCACUGCGCAGGGCUGUAGAUGCUGGGGAGAAAGAGCUGAGAGGAGCUGGACGAGAAUCCCCUACUGAACCUGCUCCUUGUCUCCGAGAGGGAGCCUCCUCUUUGGAUGGCUCGCUGAAAGCACGCAGUGUGCAGAGUUCUCCCCCCUCGCUGGGAAGCAGCUCCUCUUCCUCUGAUAAGCCCUCUGGCUCCAAACACGAGGAUCUUCUGUAUGGAGCUUCAGCUGCAGACCUAUUCAGCGUCACAGGCCUCAAUGGAGUAGCUGCUCCUGCCACCAAACAGCGCAGGACGCCAGUCGUCGGGUCUGGCCUGCUGACAGACAGCUCUCUUAACUGUGACCAAGAGGGUACCGGCGAGAUCCAUCAGUCACUGCUGUCACUGGCUGAACCAUCCUCUUCCUCCUCACGCCCCGAUGAAGGUCUCCUCAGCCAGAAGCAGCCCCACCAUGUGCUGCCGAGCAUGAGCAGUGACAGCGAGCUGGACUGUGACACGGAGAAUGAGAACGAGGAUGAGGUGGUGGCUCUGGAGGCUGGAGACUGUGCGUUUGACAGCAGAACUCUACCCUGCCCAGGCGAGCAGCUGAUCCCUGAUGAUCUGAGCUUUGUGACCGGAGAGACCACAGAGAGAUGAUCCACCACAGUGUCGUCAGCCACUGAAUGUGCUCUUUACAUGUCUGUGCACUUUCUCACCGUUCAGAACAGGACUCUAUGUUUCUGUGUGCUACUGUAUGCUGUUUCAGAGAAACCACUUUUGGGAUAGCAAAGAUUUAGUUUUUUGUUUCGUUUUGCCUUGCAUUUCGAAAUGCAUAACAUUCCGUUAUAAAACUAGGUGUAUACAUUUUGUGCGCGUGCAUAACUAUUCAUAUUACAGUUCUAUAUAUUUUUGCAAUGCUGCUUAUUGUCAAAAUCAUAGGGAGUUGCCAAACACGCAUAACUUGCGUUUUCAAGUGUUUGGUACAUGGAGUCAAAGAAUGUCCGUACAGGUGCUGCUCCGUUACUUUUUAUGUGGCUUGUUCUUGUUGUGUGCAGUUUAUAUAUAGAUAUCAGUGAAGUUUUUUUUUUUUUUUUUUUUUCUCCAAUAUAUUAAGCUGUCUAGAACACAACUCAUAGAUUCCUUAACUUCAACAUGUUUACAUCGACUAAAUGUCUGCAAAAAGGGAACAUGGAGCCGAAACAAGUUCAAACGUUGUUCACUAAGAUUGUGUUCUUUAGCAUUGCACAGCUUUAUUACAAGCACUUAUGAACUUCUUAAUGCUACAUUCCCUUGUCUUUUUGUUAGUUUUUUUUAUUUAUAACACGUUUACUCAAAUAGAAGGUAGUUAUAUACUUAAACCAAAGUCUCAGGAGGGUCCAGGUCUGUGUUUGUAUCUGCAGGCUCGUGUGUGUGUGUGUGUGUGUGUGUGUGUGUGUUUGAGCUCAGACUGAAAGCAUGGAUGACGUGUUCUGUUAUGGCAGCAGCAGCUGGGAAAUCACUCCGUUUAUGUUGUGAAUAGAUGUCACGGCAUCAUCAACAGCUGGGGAGUGAUGCACAUACAUUGAGUUGAGUUCACGGUCUUGUUCUUUGCAUGCACAGCUUUCGCUCGGUACAGUCUGUUAAACAUGUGACCGCUUUGUUGAAAAGCGUACAGAGAGUAAUGCAUCGCUUUUGCUGUUUAACUGUUGGCUUAAGAAGUGCUUUAUGCAAAUACAUUUUUCACUUCCCCUCCAGCAUGUUCUGCAAAGUGUAAAACAGUAAUUGUUCCUGUGACUAUUCAAUGUAAAUCGAAUUGUUUUGUUAGGUUUUUUUUUUUGUGCUGUAAUAAUAAUGUUCCUCUUUUGAUGGGUUUUUUUUUUUGUUUGUUUGUUUCAUAUGAGGAGCAGGAGGGCAGUCUGGUUCUCUGUGCGCAUUUGUAGUUUAUCGUUUAUUUCUUUAGCAUGUUUUUAAAUAUUUUCUGAGGGCCCAAAACAAACUGUAGUAUAUGAACAGUAUGUACUGUAUAUUUAAAUAAAUUAAAACCCAAAUAAAUGA